GUUGCGAUGACGGUAGCGCACGUCACUACACCGGCUUUUCGACAGGUUACGUAUAGACGAUCGCGCCGAUACCACUCUCGAAACUAAUAAAUCACGGGAACUAAACGAAGCAUACCCUCCCGAAGAGAUUAUAGCUCGAUAUGAGAUAACAAGGCUGUGGCACGACUCCGGUGAUUAAUUACUAAAAGUCUGUUCAACUCGAAUGAUUCGAACGGAAGCGUAAUCUUGGAGGGAUUAGAUUUAGAUGAGUAAUGUAAAUAGACAAACAUUGUUGGAUAGUUCCGGAAACGAAUGUUGAUUUACUGCGUGAGAUUAUAACCGCUUAUGAACUGUAGUUAGUGUACAUAGCAGUGCAGGUGAAUGUUCCCGGAUAGGUAAAACUGGUCGGGAUGGCCGGGCAAAGGCAAUGGAUCGUUGGGCUUCUGUGGACCGUACUGGCUUCGGUGCUGGCUGACUCUUGGACCGCUUACCAAGAGCAGCCUUGUUGCCGUCCCGUAACGCAUCAUCGCAUUCGUCACCACCGAGAUCACAUACGGGAGUUCUCUUGUGGCAAUCUUUUUUAUCGUACCCUUUAUCUGGUUGAAGAAAGAAAUACGCUUUAUGUUGGUGCUAUGGAUCGAAUAUUUAAGCUAAAUAUGACUGAUAUAAGUCAGUCACACUGUGAGAGAGAUGCGUUGCUGUUAGAAGCAAGUAACGUCGCUCGAUGUGUAAGCAAAGGCAAAUCAGAGCCGUUUGAGUGCAGAAACCACAUCCGAGUGCUGCAGCCGCUCGGUGACGGCGAGCGUCUCUAUGUGUGCGGCACGAACGCACACAGCCCUAAGGACUGGGUGGUCUACCUAAACCUCACUCAUCUCCCGCGGCACGAGUACGUACCAGGCGUGGGGCUUGGCGUAGCCAAGUGUCCAUAUGAUCCGGCGGACAACAGCACGGCGGUGUGGGUCACGCGGGGCAACCCCGGCGGCCUGCCAGCUCUGUACGCAGGCACCAAUGCUGAAUUCACAAAAGCAGACCCGGUCAUUUUCCGAAACGACUUAUUCGAUUUUCGUACAGGUCAAAAAAGGUUCAACUUCAAACGGACUUUGAAGUAUGACUCCAAAUGGUUGGAUAAAACCAAUUUUGUGGGUUCUUUCGACGUUGGAGAGUACGUUCUAUUCUUUUUUCGGGAAACUGCCGUGGAGUUCAUGAACUGUGGGAAAGCAGUGUACUCUCGAGUAGCUAGAGUAUGUAAACAAGAUACUGGCGGCAAGCACAUACUAAGCCAAAAUUGGGCUACUUAUUUGAAAGCCAGGCUUAAUUGCAGCAUACCAGGAGAAUUCCCGUUCUAUUUUGAUGAAAUACAGAGUGUAUAUCAGAUGCCGGGUGACCCGAGUCGGUUUUACGCUGCAUUCACGACGGGCGCUAGUGACGGUUUAAUCGGCUCUGCAAUUUGUACGUAUACUAUGGAAGACAUUCAAGAAGCUUUUGCGGGACGAUUCAAGGAACAAGCAACAUCAAGCUCAGCAUGGCUACCUGUACUAAGAGCACGAGUCCCUGAGCCUAGGCCUGGAACUUGUGUGAACAGCACUGAGGCUCUUCCAGAUAAUGUUUUAAAUUUUAUUAGAUCACAUCCGCUUAUGGAUUCUGCUGUGAGACACGAAGGAGAUACGCCCGCUUUUUACAAACGAGACCUUGUACUCACUACUCUUGUAGUAGAUAGACAGUUCGUAGAUAUGCUGGGGGACGAUAUUACAUAUACUGUCUUCUACGCCGGAACAAGUCAAGGCGAAGUGUAUAAAAUAGUGCAGUGGACUGGUGGUGGAUCCCGUGUGGCAGAUAUAUGGCGCGCCGCGGGUGACGAGCCAGUGCGCGCACUCGCACUGUCACGACAAAUGCACGCACUUUACCUUGCGACUGACAACCGAUUACGACAGUUGCCAUUGCGUGCGUGUACGCAUCGCUACGACAGCUGCGUGCGCUGUGUCCUCGACCCAUAUUGCGGAUGGGACAAAGAAGUGGGAGCGUGUCGUCCGUACACGCCUGGGCUCCUCCACGAUGCUACUAACUCGACGCCGUCAAUCUGCGAAGCUAGCGCUCCUCUCAAAACCGUUCGAGCGGGGUACGGCCAAAGUGUACACCUGGCUGCUUUUGGAAAAACGCCAGAAGCGCUAAAAGAUCAGAAUGUCGCAUGGUACCACCAUUCCAGGGAAAGAGGUCGUUACAAAAUCAGUUAUAAUUGGGAACGAGUACUACAGACAUCUGAGCGUGGUUUAGUGCUUUUGUCUGUCGUUGAGUCAGACCGAGGCCGAUACGAGUGUUAUUUCGGACCUACUCUUAUUGCAUCAUAUAAUUUGGAUAUUGAUAUUCAUAGAUGCACACAACCCAAUAAAUCCCAGGAAUACAGGCAGGUGUAUUCAGACUGGUGUCACGAAUUUGAAAAAUACAAGAGUGCUAUGAAGGCGUGGGAAUCACGACAAAUGCAAUGCUCCAAAAACAUGAAUUCAUCGAGCCAGCAAAACAGCAUGAGCAACGAGAUCGUGGCCUCACUGCGGUGAUAGGGCACAGUUCACUAGAUUAAUGAGUGAUUGCAUUGAGCGACGUCGGCAUUAGCUAUCCGAUAUUAUGUCGAUUCUAUUUCUCUUUGUCAUGAUUUGAUAACGAAAUUAUUACCUUUCAUAAAACAUGCUCAAUAAUCCAUAGUAAUCAUAAUAAAUAUUAUUUACUUGAAAAACUUGAUAACUAACAAACGCCUAGACAAAGAUUGCAAUUGUUAUUAAAACAAAAUAAUUAUGAUAUGUAUUUUGAAGUUUUUGUUUAAAAAAAUCUAUUGUAUUUGCAGUUCAGAGAAUGAUACCUACAAUAUUGUUUGUGUAGUGAUUGACAGAGCAUAAAUGAUGAAGCUAGCAUGAGUUGUAUGUCGGUAACGUUAUAGAAUCAUACCGAGGGGAAACAUAAUUUGGUAAAGGAAUGAUCUGCGAAAAUAGAUAUGUCGGCCGUUACGCACACUGCGCUUCUUGAUGGAUGACUGAUAUUUGUUUGACUUGGUUUGCAACUAUGUAUUUCCUCUCUGAGAUUAGGCAGUAUCAUAAUAUCGGAUAGUUUGUGUUACAAACGAAAAUUGAUAAUAAUCAAAUGUAAUGUACUAUUGUUGAUGAAAGCGACUGAGUAAUAAACAUAGCGACUUAAGCUUUUCUUUAUUUUAUCCGUUCGUAAUUAAGUAUUAUUAAAGUUCACCUCCAUAUUGGAAUUUUUCUGUAAAUAUAACUGAGAGUGGAAAUAAUCCAUGAAAUUCAAAUGCUGUGAUAUCAGUUUGCGUUUACGUCUCCGUAAAUGAAAUUAUUAAGAACUAACGUGUAAAGUAAUUGGUGUUUUUAUCGCAUAUGUUUUAAUCUUUAGAUAUGUUGGUUUAUUUCUUGUUUGUUUUGGGUUUUUUGAAGACCAAUUUAUUAAAUAUAUUUAAGAUACACCUUCUCUCACGUCCAUUCAAUUUUUUUAUAGCUAAUCAAUAUAAACGCCAAUUUAGGUUAGAAGGUAAAUAUAUAAUAAUAUUUAUAUUAAAAGCUUAUUUAUACAAGUCCGGGAAUGCCUUGGAUUGCGACAGCAUUUAUGUAGUUAUAGUUAUGUUAACAGAAGUUUACAAAGUUGCGUGUUACAUGUUAUUCUGAAAUCGUAGUUACAGGUUUUAUUUUGAUCCUUUGUGUUUUAAUACAGUGUUGAUUUGUUGCCGUAAAAUGUAAUUUUAGGCCCAUUUCGGAAUUUUAAACCGAAUUUAAUAGAAAUUGUUCAAAUUGUUCUGUUAUUAAUAGGUAAUCUCGCUAGAAUAGUGCCUUGUGAAGCAUGCUUAUAGAAUAUUAAAAAAAAAGAUAUUGAGUAAUAUUUUUGUGCAUCGUGUAAAGAAAAUUUGCUUAGUUCAUAAGUAUGUCACUUAGUAAGACGAAAAUAAAGCAAUAAUGUUCAACUAAUAUAAAGUCGCCAGUAUUAAAUAAUUUCUAAUAAAAUAAUAAAUUAUUAUUAAGAAAAUUGUUCCAGCUACCAAUUUAGCUUAUUUUUUAUAUUGUUGAUUUUGAUUAAUAUAUAUAUAAUCAUCAUAUGAAAAUGGUAUAUUUUUUAUUUAAACGCGAUUUGAAACUCAAAAUAGCAAUAAUUAUUCGGUAAAUAUAUGUUGAGUUGUAUGUCACAUAUAUAAAUUUUGAAAAAAAAAGUUAUAUAUAUAUAUUACUUUUAUGCACACUAGUUGAGAUUGCAUGUGUUGACAGCCGUUGUUACUUUAAUCAUAUAAUUUUCAUACUUUGAAUGACUUAAUGUCGGUAACAAAAAUAUAAUUAAGAAAUAUUAAAUCAAUGUAACAUAAUAUUAAAAGAACUAAAAUAUAUAAGCCAAGAACUGGAUGAAAAUAUAAUUUUAUCAUCAAAAACUAUGAUAUAACUGCAUUCUGUUGUAGUUAUAAAAGAGGCUGUAUUUUUUUAUGUUCCAUUCACCAUAUUUAUUGAUCUAACACUUGAUUUUUGGAACAAUAGGCUGUCCUUAACUAGCGUACAACAACUUCGCAUUUAAAAUGUAAUUGUGUUUUAUGAAAUUAUUUUUGAGCUAUAAAAAAUAGUGUAAAAAUUUAAAAAUGUUUAUUGUAAAUAAAAUAUGUUUUCGUAGACAGAUCCCAAUUAUAUAGGUAAGUUUACUGUAAAAUAUAUGGGUAAGCUAGAUUAUAAGCUAUUGUUUUAUAAAA